AUGGAACGUCCAAGCGGAAAUCAAGGCGAGCUCUCCCUCAUCGAAAUAGUUGAGAGUUUUAAUAAACUUGACGGACGAAGAACGCCGGAACCAUCGUCUUCUGCAAGUGUAGCGAUCGCUUUGGACGAAGAAAAGAACCGCCGUCAGGAGUGUGAAAAAGUUAUCCAACAGUUGUACGCGGAAAUAUCUGAAUUAAAACAGGAGAAUGCAGUCGCGAAAGCAGGCAUCCAGCGUAAGGAUUCCCUGCUCAUGCAAGCCCAGCAACAGUGGAAGACUUUAAAAAUUGAUUGGGAGCAGAGACUCGAAUUGGUCAAAGAUGAGAAGGAUCGCCUCAAUACCACGGUAACUCGAUUGGAAGGACAAUUACAGAUUUCCAUUGCCGAGGCCCGGAAGAGUUGUGCGGAACUGCAAACAGUCACGCGACAGAAAGACGAGAUGCUUCAUAAUCUUCAAGAGGAAAACUCUCGGUUAAAAGAGAAAUACGAACAAAGCCAAUCUCAGCUACGCCAGAUAAUGGUGGAGUUUGACGACAACAAGAAGGAGCUCACGCGCAACGAGAUGAAAAUGGAUGAAUUGAAACGGGACAACCACAAGUUAAAGGGUCAGAUCGAAGAUUUGAAAAGGGAAAAGAACAAGUUGAUGGCCGAACUGGAAUUACUGCAGCAGCAAUUUGAAAGCAGCCAGGAGCAAAAUGAAGCUUAUUGCCGCGCUCGAAUCCAAGAGGCUUCCCAGAGCGCCGAGGAGGAAGCGAAUCGACGUCUACAGAUUUGGCAGCAUGAGGUGGAUUGCAAAAUGAGCCAUUUAAUCACUACCCUGGAACAACAGUUGGGCAUCCUUAAGGCCAAGAGUAUAGCUGAAGCUGAAGCCAAGGAGGCCCGCCAUCAAGAAGAAGUUCAGAAAUUAAAACAAGAAAUUAAACAUCACAAGACAGAACACCAAGAUCUUACCAGGAAAAUGCGGGAACUCGCCGAGGCACAAUGGAACACGAUUAACAGGAUAACAUCUUCGGGAACACGUCAAACAGCUUCGUCGUUUGUUUCCAGCGAAAUCUCGGACGCCACUUUGCCAGUGAGUAAUGGCCAAGACGAGUUUCUUCAUUUCCACAGCAAGAGACACGGCCCUAAAGAUGCGAAUGAGCCGUCGUCGAGGCGGAAGAAAUAAUUUUAACCGUGUGGAAAUGAUGCGUACGUCUUCAUCAUAGAGAUGGACGAAGACUUUUAAAAAUUGGACAGACAAAAUGUUGGAGUGAACACGCACUGAAUUGGACACGUAGAAUUUCGAGAGAAAAAAAAACACGAUUUCAUCGCUUACAAAUUUGUAGAAAAGUUCAUUAAUGAUUUUUUUUUCUCAAUUAAAAGAAAUAUUAGCGAAAAAAUUAUUUCCAUUUAAAAAAACGAUUCAAAAUUCCAAGUUUCGAAGGUUAGAACACACACAUUUCACAUAGGAAGGUUAUACCAGAACGUUGAAAAUCAUCUUCAUUUGUCGCCUACGGAUCACAGUCGAAAAGAGAUGUUUCGAUGAUUGAUGUCACAAAACAGCAUUAAACAUUAAAAGUACCAAAUCACCCCUUCAUUUAAUUUUUUUUUCCAUUUUUUAAAAUUUUGCUGUUUAUCUUUAAAAGUUCCAUUCUGUUGUUGUAGUUCCUUCGCUUUAUAAACAAAAUCAAGGUUAUUCG